AUGGUUUCUGUCCCUCCUUUAUUGAUGUUCAGAAUCUAUAAAGCGAGCAGAUUCGCGCAACUUCGAACUCCAGCAAGCUCGGCUUUUAUAAGAUAUUUCCACAUAGCGCAAGCCCUCCUAUCCACUCGAGUUUCUUCAGCUAUUGAAAGCGGAAAGGGGCCCCGAGGCUCGCCGGGAUCAAAGAAAGUCCCAGAUAUACUUGAGAAGGACACCGACGCACUUGUAGGAGUGAUAGAAAAUGAUGUCCCGAAAAAACGGACAAGCCGAAAGAAAACAGAGGAGCUUUCAGAGGAGUCAAAAGAUGGCACUGUUCCCAAGAAACGGACACGACGAAAGAAAACAGAGGAGAUUGUAGAGGCGUCAGCAGAUGACAAUAUUCCCAAAAAGCGAAUAAGAAGAAAGAAAACCGAGGAGCUUGUAGAGUCAGCAGAUGAAAAGACUCCCAAAAAGCGAAUCAGAAGAAAGAAAAUAGAGGAACCUGCCGAGGAACCUGCAGAGUUGUCAUCUGGUGGCACUGCUCCCACCGAACAGAGAACACGUCAGAAAAAGGAUGAUGCUCCUCCAUCAGAUGCUGGAGAGGAAGCCGACGAGGCACUGACUCAUUCUGAGAUCAUCCAAUUGGAGAGGCUAGGGUCAAUGUUGACUUUGGGAGUGAGCAAGGUACCCGGCAAGAAGAGUGGGAAACUGUUCGUUGGUCGCGAAAAGCAUGAAACAUACCCGAAGGAAAGCAAAUCACCAGCGACCAACAAGAAAUCGAGUAUACAUAGCGGCUUUCUCGAUCAUCCCCGACCCGAAGAUCCUUACAAUGACAUUGAAGGGUACAUGAAAUGGGCAAUGGGAGGCAAGUAUUUUGGAGCUAGGCUACUUGGAGACCCUAAGCGGAUGAACAUCAUUAGCGAGGGAGCAUGUGAUGAUAUACUUGACCGUCUGAAACCAUCUCUUGAGAAGCUCAAGGGAUGUGACGUUAUUGACCUCAAUCCUGGAACCGGUGUAUGGUCUUCCAAGCUACACGACUUCCUCAAACCCCGCACGCAUAUCCUCAUGGAACCUGACCACAAGCUGUAUCAACCUCUUUUGCAGCCUCUGGUCGAUGUACCAGGAUCGACGUACAAACUUAUUCCCAGAUCCGGCAUUGUCUGGGGUCAUCUGGAAAGUGUAAUGAAUCCGGAACAUCUCCCCUUCCAGGUGGCACCAAGCAGAGGCGAUCCCCUGCUCGAGCAGCCCAACAACACUCUCCUAGUCACUGCCAAUCUGGCUUACAACCCCAAGAAGCCUUACCGUGGAUUCUCUUCUCUUACACAGAUGGUGCUGUAUCAAUUUGUGUCUGCUAUGAAAACACAUGCUCUUUUCCAGAAGUACGGUCUCGUCCGACUACUUGUCUGGGUUAAUGACGAAGAGAAGAGUCUCGUCCUCCCUAGAAAUAUGUCUUAUCGCAGGAAGGCAGCCGUCGAAGCCGGAAUCAUGUGCUCCAAAAUCGAAGAGGUAGCAUCUUCGACCGAAGAGACUAGCUUCUGGGUAAGAGAGGAGCACGUUUCUCUUCAAGGUACUCGUAAAGUCAUGGAAAAAAUGAAGACCAAAGGCAUUCAUACACCAGCUGGGCGGGAAAGCACGGCCAUGCAGAAGCUGAACAGCAACCAGCCCAUAGUUUCGUUGUUCAAUGAUUGGACAGAGCGCGACUCGUUUAUGAACGAAUAUCGUGUGCUCGAGCGAGCAGACAAGUUAGGUUACCUUGAUACCAUGAAGGCAGGAGAAGCCAUCCGAGCCCGCUUCAAGGUGAUGAGAUGGACGAAGCUUAGUCGCCAAAACUUUGGUCAAAAUAUGCUCGCCUUGACCAAUGAGUACGACUAUUUACUCCGCGCACGCAAGGCUUUAGCCACAAGAACCGGCCGGGCGGUGGAAUCCCAGCUCAAAGCCCUCGCGGCCAGGGAAGCGGACUGGCAAGUUCGCGUUGGGAAAAUAAGCGAUGCCGGCAAAACGGAUUUCAGGAAUAACUGCGAGAACCGCGCCGCUAUGUCCCUUGACCCGCCACUCCUCCUCUGGGAUCGCAGGGACUACGAGCCUCUGAAGCUCCACAAACACGAGUUCUUCCCCCAGAAGGAAAUGUGUCUCUUGGACCUCCAGCCGCAAUCUCUCUGGCCUGUCCUCCGUGAGAAGUUCCCCGAUAAUUUCGACGUCUUGGAGUACAUCCUCAGCUCUUUCUACACCCUCAUGUCGCAAUCGGUCAAGAGCGGCCUGAUGGGACUGGUGCCCGGCGCAUACGAGUGGAUUGACCAGGAGUGCAAGAUCAUGAAGGAUCCGCUGCGGGGCGGAAACCCGGAUCUGGACAAGCUGAGCGUGCGCUCCUUGACGGACGAGAUGUUGGAGGAGAUUGUGAUUGCCUGGCUGAAGUGGCCCUUUCGCCCGAGCAAAUUCGAGAUGCUGAGUCGGAUGGGGAGCUCGGUAUAUGAUCCUGAUCAGGACCCGGACGAGGGGGUGUACCUCGGGACGGGAGGGGCCUGA